AUGGUAAAGCAGAUUCAAAAGCCCAGCUUUGUGAUUGAGAGGGGGUCAGCUCUGUCUGCGCUGGUCCUCUACAGUGACGUGUGUCGCAGAGCUGCGCCCCUCUGUAUCCAGGGGGAGGCUGCUGGCAGUGAAUUGGAAAGCGUGCCGCUGCAGGACAGGGUAAUGCACACCCGCGGCUUGAUCACAACGAGCGAUUACACCGCGGGGGAGACAACUCUCCUAUCGCACUUGACCGAGCUGGAGCCGGCAGGGGGCGCCGGAGCCCGGGAGGUGCAGGUGCGCCUGGCUGAGUGCCUGGUUCUGUCCGGGGACUGGCGGGGUGCCUUGGCCGUGUGUCAGUGUCUCUCGGCGGACAGGCGGAGCAGCUACCACAGCACUGCCCUGGUGCUCAGGGGCUUCGCCAGGCUGCAGGGCGGGGAAGAGGGGCUGGCUCUGGGGGACUUCCAGGCAGUGUUGGGGCACCCCUCCCCGCACCCCUGCAGCUGCGUGCGGGCGCUGUGCGGCCGGGGGCUCCUGCGCAUGCUGGAGGGGCGCCCCUACCUUGCCACUCUGGACUACACCACGGCCAGCCAGCUCCAGCUCCAUGAGACAGUCCUGGCUGUACAGAGCCUCGUGCCCUGGAACCACAGGGGCCUGCUGGCCGCCUUGCUGCUGGAGGAGGGGCGCGGCAUGCUGGAGCGGGAGGGGGAGAGGAGCAGGAAGAAGGACAGCAACAGCACCCCCUCCACCAAGAAAGGGGACCCUGCUGGGGUGCACGCCCUGGCUCUCCUCCUCAUGGAGCUCUCCCCCAGUUCAGACCCUGCCCGGGUCCUGGCAGCGGAUGCUCUGUACCGGCUGGGCCGGGUUGAGGAGGCCCACCGCCUGCUCCUCGUGGCCCGCGAGGCCCACCGGACCCCCGUGCUGGCCCGACUCGCCCUGCUACAACUACACCGCGGCUUCCUGUAUGACGCCAACCAGGUCCUGAAGAAGGUAGUGUCGCUGGGUGUCACAUCCUGCCUGCUCCCCAUCCUGUCUGUGUUCGAGCAGCCGGACCGCAGCCUCAUGCAGCAGCAGUGCCACGCCGUGGCCUGCAGGAUCCUGAGCGACCAGCAGGGGGAGCCCUUCAUCAAGGAGGCCGUGGCAUACCUGUCCCUCGCCAUCAUCGCCUCGGGUGGCGGGGCGGUGGACUCGCUCCUUUCUCGCGCCCACUGCUACGUCAACCUGGGCCAGCACAAGACGGCCAUCUUCGAUUUCAGUGCCAUCCUGAGGGAGCGCACUGAGCACGUGCGGGCGCUGUGUGGGCGGGGCUUCACCUACCUCAUCCUCAACCAGCAGAAGGAGGCCACUCAGGACAUCGUGUCGGCCUUCAGAGUGGACACUCCCACAGUCACUCGGGACAUCCUGUCCCUGAAGGACCAGGCCAGGACGCUCAUCUGUGAUUGGCUGCACCAGCACUGCAGGACCGCCCUGGCCGAGAUCACAGCAGCCAAUCGGGUCCCCUGUGGGGAGGAGCUCCUGAAGGAGGUGCUCCUGAUUGGAGGAGCUCUGCUGGAGAUUGACAGCAGAAGCUCCCAGUGGCAUCUCCUGUACAUCGACGCGCUGCUGGCUAAAGGUGAGCUGGACUCUGCCUCCUCUCACCUGCGCCAGGUGUUCGGUCAGGAGCCGCGGGAGGCCUUGGCCAGGGCCAGGUCAGGGGUCGUGGAGGCAUGGCUUCGGAACCCAGGGAGGGCAGCGAGGGAUCUAAGCGAGAUCUCAGAGCGAGACCCCAAAACCCUCAACUUCCUGCUCACCCUGACGACUGCCACACAGCGGGCACAGCUGGCACAGGCUGCAGCGCAGGAGGCGGGCUCUCUAUCCCAGCCCGGCCAAUCCAAGCGCAGACUGGGGUUCCUGUCGCUGGCAGUGCACGCGGCCGCGGCGGGGGGGGCCCCGGUGCACCCUGGGUAUUGGGGGCUCCUGCGCGAUCGAGCGCACUGCCUCGCAGGACUCGGGUUCCACGAGCGGGCCGUCUCUGACCUGGACCGGCUCAUUCAGAACCAGGGACCCUCCCCCCACGACCUGUGCAGCCGAGGACACAGCCUGCUGCUCGCCUGCAGGGAGCGGCCAGCCCUCAGGGACUACAUGCGGGCCCUGGACCUCGCCCAGCCCCAGGCUCUGGCCUGCGUGGAGGCCGGGCCCGGCCGGAGCUGUUUGGCACAGUGUUUCCACAGGGGGGCGCGACCUCUCGAGCCCCCUCCAGGGCAGAGGGGGGGUCUGGAGGAGGCCUGGAGGCUCAUAGAAUAUGGGCUGCUGCUGGAUGAGAGCAACACAGAGCUGAGGAAACUGAGGAGCAGAAUCAAGAGAGAGACAGCAGGGGCCUGCAUCGUACACUAG